CUCUUCUACCUUCUGCGUCUUCGGAUACCACUAGUGGGCGAUGAAAGGCAUUCGGUGCUUUCAAUCGUGUGUGAUAUGCUAGAAUCAAGGAGCGUAAAUGAAGUGGUAAAGGGAAAUAUCAUUGACGGUGCGCUCAGUUUGCUUUCUUUGGAUGACGAGCAAGAAACUCCGGAUUUGAUGCUGCACGAAGGCAUUUUCGCAGAAAUCAAAAGGAUUUCUGGUGUCAAAAUGGGAACUGCUAUGGUACUUGGUGAACUGCCAAAGUUGUUGAAAUUUAUUUUGAAUUCACUACCGGCUGAAAAUGAAAAUCGAAAAUUGAACAUGAAACAUUUGGAAGUGUUAGACAGAGUAAGCGAAUUCGUUGAGGAUGCGACAAUAGGCAGUCGAUUUGUUUCGAUAUUGUUGACGUUCUUGGAAUCGGGCGCAGUACGGUCCGACGAGGCUAUCCAGUCCUUGCUGCUCACUGUUUCACGGAUGCUUGCUACUGUGGCCAAUUCAGAGCAGUUUUUAAAGUAUUUACAUCAAUUCUUUAAUUAG